AUGUCGUUAAGUGUUAUAUUCGCCGUCGUGCUCCUUCUAUUGCUCGUCGCCCUAACGAUUUUUCAUUACGUCUCGAAGGGAAGAAAGUAUUGGCUGCACAGGAAAGUGCCUUACCGGGAGCCGUGCCCGAUCUUCGGCAACUUCGGCGCCACGCUCACUAUGCGGCGCAGCUACACGAAUAUGCUGCAGUACUUCUACGACACGUUUCGCGACGGGAAGUACGUGGGUAUAUUUCAAGCGAGGCGGCCGACGCUGCUCGUGAUCGAUUUGGACAUCAUCAAGAACAUUUUCAUAAAGGACUUCGCCUGCUUCAGCGAUCGGAUAUCGGUGUCGACGGACACCCAGCGGGAGCCGUUGCUGAGGAAUCUGGCGAACAUGAGCGGAGCCGAGUGGAAAGCUAUGCGGCACAUAGUUACACCGACCUUCUCUUCGGCUAAAAUGAAAGCAAUGUUCCCUCUCGUCUUAGACUGCGCGAGCGCUCUGAAAAUAGCCCUUUCUCAUGAAUCCCUGGACGAGGUCGACGUUCCGAAGCUAAUGUCUCGAUUCACGACGGACGUGAUCGGCAGCUGCGCUUUCGGCGUGGACCCCGGUUCCUUGAAAAACCCCGACUCACCUUUCCUCGCGAUGUCGCAGAAAAUGUUUAGGGCAGAUCGCGCAACUGUGCUGAAGCGUUACUGCCGGACGUUUUUCCCUAGGCUAUUCAAACUGUUGAAUCUCAGAACGUACUCUUGGGAAGUGGAAAUGUUUUUCACAAACAUCAUCAAUCAGGUCCUCGACGAAAGGCGGAAUAUGGGUGUGCAAAGAAACGAUUUUAUUCAACUUAUGUUAAAUGUGCAGAAGCAGGAGACAGAUUUUGUUAUGACGGAUGAGUUGAUAAUAUCCAACUCUUUUAUAUUCAUGCUCGCCGGGCUCGAAACGUCGGCGACCACUUUGUCCUUUUGCUUAUAUCAGCUGGCAAGGGACCCAGAGUUGCAGGAAAAAGUUCGUCAAGAAGUGUUGGUUUGUACGCAGCGGUACGGUGGACUGAAUUACGAGGCGGUGUGCGCCAUGCGUUUGGUUGUCCAAACUGCUAUGGAGACGUUGCGUCUCCAUCCCCCCACGCCCCUCACAACCCGUCUGUGCACCUCGCCAUGCACUCUAUCGAGCACCGAUUUAAAAGUGAAAGUCAAAGAUGCGGUUCUAAUACCGCUGCAUUGUAUACAAAACGACCCGAGAUACUUUCCGGACCCCGAUAAAUUCGACCCGGAUCGGUUUAAGGAAGACUUCAAUCCGCCCGGCUUUAUCGCUUUCGGUGAAGGGCCCAGGAGUUGUCCAGGUGCGCGUUUCGCGCAGUUGAUCGUGGCAGCGGGGCUGGCUUCGGUUCUCAGCGGGUACUCGGUCGAACCUUGCAGUAGGACCACACCACGGAUCCACUACGAUCCGCGUAGCGUUAUGCUCAAAAACAAAGGUGGCAUCUGGCUGAAGUUCAAAGUGCUCCAACUC